CUAUCAAAUACGACAAUAUAGAUGUGUUUGGUUACACAGCCUGGUCACUCCUUGAUGGCUUUGAAUGGCAACAUGCUUACAACAUCAGGCGCGGAUUGUUUUAUGUAGAUUUCAAAAGCGAAAAAAAGGAAAGGAUUCCCAAGUCAUCUGCACUUCAUUACAAACAAAUCAUACAAGAAAAUGGCUUCUUCCCAAGGGAGUCCACGCCAAGCUUGCAAGCUCAGUUCUCAUGUGACUUCUCCUGGGGUAUCACUGAGUCUGUUCUCAAGGCAGAAUCUGUGGCUUCCUCACCGCAGUUCUCUGAUUCCAGCCUGUACCUCUGGAACAUCACAGGAGACGGGCUCCUGCACAAAGUUAAAGGGGUGAAGUUAAAAACCCGACCAGCACAGUGCACAGAUUUUGUCAGUAUUAAAAAGCAACUUGACCUCCUGGAAAAGAUGAAAGUCACUCAUUACAGAUUUGCACUUGACUGGUCGCUCAUUUUACCCAAUGGAGAUUUGUCAGUCAUCAACAGGCAAGUUCUCAGGUACUACAGAUGCGUGAUUAGCGAAGUACUGAAACUCAAUGUUCAAUCCAUGGUCACCUUGUAUUAUCCAACUCAUGCCUACCUGGGUCUGCCGGGUCCUUUGCUGCAGAUAGGAGGAUGGUUGAACCAGUCUACUGCCUAUGCUUUUCAAGACUAUGCAGCUCUAUGUUUUCAGGAACUUGGUGAUUUGGUUAAACUUUGGAUUACAAUAAAUGAGCCUAACCGGUUAAGUGAUGUCUACAACAGAAGCAGCAAUGAUACAUACCGGGCAGCACACAAUUUAUUGAUAGCACAUGCCAUGGCCUGGAGAAUAUACGAUGAGCAGUACCGAUCCUUUCAGUAUGGCAAAGUGUCCCUGUCCCUGCAUUCAGACUGGGCUGAGCCUGCCAACCCCUACUCUGAAUCCCAUUCAAAAGCUGCCAACAGGUUUCUUCAGUUUGAAAUAGGCUGGUUUGCCAAUCCCAUAUUUAAAACUGGGGACUAUCCAGCUACUAUGAGGGAAUACAUCAGCUUUAAAAACAGAAAUGGCCUCUCACACUCUUUGUUGCCGUCUUUCACAAGCAAGGAAAAGCAGCUCGUCAAAGGUGCUGCUGACUUCUAUGCACUGAAUCAUUUCACUACCAGAUUUGUGGUUCAUGAACGUCAGAAUGGGAGCCAGUAUGAAUUUGAUCGUGACAUUCAAUUUCUGCAGGAUAUCACCUGCCUGAGCUCCCCUUCUCGUCUGGCAGUUGUGCCUUGGGGACUGCGCAAAGUUCUCGGGUGGAUUAAAAACACCUACGGCGACAUCGAUAUUUACAUCACAGCAAACGGAAUAGAUGACCAGUCCUUAGACAACGAUGAACUUCGAAAUUAUUACUUGGGAAAAUACGUACAAGAGGUUUUAAAAGCAUACUACAUUGAUAAAGUCAGCAUUAAAGGCUACUAUGCAUUUAAGAUGACUGAAGAAAAAUCUAAGCCCAGAUUUGGAUUCUUCACUUCAGAUUCAAAGGGGAAGCCUUCAAUAAAAUUUUACAAUAACCUGAUAAGCAACAACGGCUUUCCUGCUGCCUACUCAGCCCCUGCUGACUCCUCAGCCUGCAAUCCCUCCAGCCAAGAAAAGCAGUGUAGCUUCUGCUUGUUCAUCUCUCAGGAGAAGCCGUUAAUAUUCUUUACCUGUUGCCUUUUCUCUACCCUUAUCUUGCUUUUAACUAUUAUUUUUCUUCACAAAAGAAAAAGAAGAAAACGUUUUAAGGCAAAAACCAUCUGGUGA